AACCCCUUGUGUUUACCCCCCUCAGUCCUCACCCACCCUAGCCCCCUUCCAUUUUUACCGCAAUCAUAUCUUCUUUUCUGGGGUGUCGAUGAUUCAUCCGCCGCCGGGUCCCGUUCUUCACGGCUGACCGGGCUGAUUUCUUCCCCGCCGGCUCCGCGGCCGGGCCGCUUUCUUCGCGGCUCACCGGGCUCAUUUCCUCCCCGUCGACUGGCUGCCUUCCGCCGCCCUGUUCGUCUGCCCUCAUUAGUCCAUCAAGAUGACUAAUUCCGCACGCCGUCGCCGGAAAUCUCCAAGCUUUCAUAAAACCAACUCUGAUGAAAGCUGUAGUGUGGACAUGAGUGAUAGUGAUGUUUCCUCUCAAUCAAAAUCAACCAGGAAUAGCCGUAGAACAUCUUCAAAGAAACUUAAGAGAGCUGCUACCGCCGAAGUUAAGCAGACCAUCAACUGGAAAUGCGAUCCAGUGAAGAUAUGCGACAUUAUAAAACAACUAUGUCCAGAACAGCUAAAAUGGAUAGAAGAAUUGGGAUUUGGAUCAUUCAUCGACAUGAUUGAGUGCAAGUUACCAAGAAAGCUAACUAUAUGGCUGAUGAAAAGAGUUGACUGUGACAGCAAGUGUCUAGUAUUCAGAAACAGGAAGGUUUCUAUAGUACAUGCUGUUGAAAACCUGUUGAAGUUACCUGCUCUUGAUAAAGCAGUUCCAAUGCCCCGUCCCGGUAGGGUUCGUGACAAGCCUUUUAGAGGUAAAACUAAAUUCAAGUCUGCUACGGCCGGAAGAGGAGAAUCACUAAAGGAAGCGACAGACAUGAUGCUAACGUACAAAGAGGAGAAAGACAAGGACAAGUUUUGCUCAUGUUUCAUGAAAGUCAUCCUAUGCGCCUACUUAGCUCCAACGACUGGUUACCAAAUUAAUAGAAGUUACCUGCUAGGAGCUUUGAAGGACUUGAGUGACAUACCUCGUAUGAAUUGGUGUCGUUUUGCUGCUGACUACCUUAUCGACGCAAUUCGUGACUCAAGGGGAAACAAAGUGCACAACCUGAACGUCGGUGGAUGCGUUCAUAUUCUACAUCUCAUAUAUGCGGAUCUACUUAAAUCAGAUUUAGUAACAAUACCCGAGGGUUACCCAAGGAUUAAAUAUGUGAGCUCGGUAGUACUGGAACAAAUCGAUAAUACUGGAAAAAAGAAGACACAAGACCAUUGCAAGUUCUUUGAGAGCUUACUAGACGAUGAAAAGUUAGAAAUUUUCCCAACUGUGGAAGACCAUGAUGAUGAUAUUGAUGAUAACGCAAAAUCUACACAUUCCAUGCCACUAGUUACAGCUACUAUAAGUAAUGUACCUUGCCAAGAGAAACAUAAACUUCCGCAAAAGGUAGUACAAACUUCAAAGAAGCGCCCGUCAGAUCAAUCUAUAGAUGAGAAUUUGAUCAAACGGAUUAAGAAGCUUGAAGACCACUACACAGCCGAGCGACAAAAGUUGAUAACUUUGUCUAAACGCAAGCUUCAAAACAAUCUGCAACAGCUUGAAAUAAAGAAAACAAAGGAAAUGGCAGCCUUGGUCCAGGAAGAGAUUCAUAAGGCUAUGUUACCAAUGAAUGAUGAUGCACGUGCAGGAAGUUCUCUGCAUAAUGAUGAUCCCACUUUGACCAAAGGAAGUAUAGGAACAGAAAGUCCAUGUCACUCCAAUCUAGAUGAAGUUGUUCUGCUUUCUGCCAAGUCUGCUCAAUGUGGUCACCAAACUAGCACUCAUGUUGAUGCCAUCCCACAAUUGACAGCUGGCACACCUUCAUCUCCAACGUUCAUGAAUGAAAUAGUACAAAUUGGUACUCAUGAAUCACCACCAGCAACUAAUUUGGUGAACAAAGAAAAUGUCAAACUGGACAAUUUCCAUCCCGCUUCGUCAUUUGUUGGUCAGAUUACUCAGUACGAGCCUUCUUCUUCUAAAGAAAUUAUUCCCACCGAUCAGAUUGUUCAGGCUGAACCUGCUGCUUGUAAAGAUCCAUUCAUGGAAAGACAAGAGACCAUAGAAAGACAAGAUACUUUUGUUGCCAAUGUUCUACCGGCGUCAAAUAUAUGUGCGGUUCCACAUCAGCCAGAUUUAGUCCCUGCAGUCAUCAUUCCCACAAGUUCUUUUAUCCUUCCAAACAAGGAUGGCGACCAAGUCCAUUCACAUAUUGUUGAAGCUGAGAAAAACAACAUACCGAGUGAAGAUUCAUCAAUGCUGAAGAUUGUUGGUACUGAUGUUCAAGCGGACACUGCUUCUGUUGUACCUGUUAGUACUAAUAUCACUGGGCCUGGACAGGGCUACCCAGGGGAUCAACCAGAGAGUAAUGUAUUUGUUGUUGAACAUGCAAAACAUGAUUCCAUAAUAAAUGUUUUGCAUGAAGUACGUAAUACCGUUACUACGCCAACAACUGUUGAUGUAAUUCCGGAUACUGACUUCAUUGCUCCAAAAUCAACAGAAUCUGCAUCUGAAAUACUUGUUGCUGAUGCACAUAAAGCUACAAAUAUGGAUAGUUUGGCACACAAUGCUGCCUCAGAUGUUAUUCAACUACAACAUACAGACAAGACGACACUUGAAGAUGAAUUUCAGAACCAAUCAAAUAAGCAAUUUGGAAAUCUUGAUGUCAGCAAAAAUGAAAUUGAAUCGAAGAAAGAUAUUGAAAUUGCUGAUAGUCAUGCCACUUUAAAAGAUGUUGCAGAUAUUUCUUCACCACCUUUAUCCAUAGAAAUAGUUGGUGAUGUAUCAAUUAUGUCAGUCAGUCAAAUGACCAGGGAAUAUGAUAGGAUGAAUGUACCAGGAGCUGCUACUAUUGAUACUACUGAACAUAUUGCUGCAUCUACGCUACACGAAGUCUCAAGACCUGAAGAUACUGACAAGCUUAUUCAGCCUCAACAUAUUGUUUUCGAAACUUCAGUUCUCCCCGACCACAGAUCCUCCAGUUUGGAUGUUUUGCAGAUAGACCAUUCAAAUUUACUUUCUUCUAUGCCCAAACCAAGCACUCAACCCCCAGAUGGAGAAUGUUUUGAUUAUGCUGGUAGCAUAAAUCCUUCUAUGAAGAUGAGAAAACAGCGUUAUCAGAAGAAAGAUGAGAUCACUGAAGGGAUAUCUGAGAUCGUUAAGAAGAAGCAAUAUCCAAUGAAGAAGUUGAACAACCUGUACAAUACUCUUGUGGCUAGUAGCAAGUUCCGAGGUUUACGUAGGACACGACGACACGAGGACAAUGACACCGGUGGUACCAAGAUAAGGAUAGGUCCAGCUUCUACAACAGAAAGAGAGUUAGUACAAUGCCUAAUGCCAAAAGGAAAGAUGUGCAAAAAUAUGAUGUGGUUACUGUCCGUGGCACUUAUGUAUGAUUGGGGAUCAAAGACCAAGGUUAUAUUGGACCAGACAAUUAUAACCGAAUUGCUAAAAAAACCAAAGAAAUGCAACCAUCCAUAUCUAUGCAAGAAGCUUAGUAAGUUGGCACUUCAAAAUGUUGAGCAGAUAUUUCUCCCUACACUAUAUGACUACCAUUGGAUUCUGGCGGUCAUUAACCCAUGGAAAACACAAUUGAAAUUUAUGACUCUAACUUAGAAGUGAAAGAAGGUGAAGACCCGCACAAGGUUAUCUUGGAGAACAUGGCCAACAAUCUCCAAAAAGCAUUGAAUGAUUAUCUCCAAAAGAGUGCUUUCGCAUUUAUGGAUUUCCCAAGGAAGUAUUGUUAUGCUGGAAAACAAACAAACAAUGAUGACUGUGGUUUCUGGGUUAUAAAAGUACUUCUGUGUCACAAUGGCAAGGAGCUCAUUGGAAAUUACAAGUGGGCAAUGGAUGUCUUCAGGAAGGAAAUUUGCUCUGUCCUAGUUUACCACCGCUUCAAUGAUCUCAACCCAAGGAGGCCUGAGAUUAAGAAGAUAUCAUCCUCCAUGAAGACAACAACAGACUGAUUCCUCAACCGCGUCGUUACCUAUCUAGCAUCCUCUUUGUACUGCUAGUUAUUUCAUAUGAUGUACUAGUUUCAUCUGAAAUGAACAACGUUCAUUCCGUGCAAGCGCUAUGAUGUAGGGUACUUAUAAACUAUUAUGGUUAUUCGCUGCUUUAAAAACAAUGUAGUUAUUGCCAGUAUGUAAGGAAAUGACAGUAGAACUUCUUGCUGUCUUGCAAUCACAUUAUUUAUCUCA